CACUAUUUUAAUUACCAGUUUCGUUACUUCUAUUUAUUUUAAGAUACGUUUGCUGAUCAGCAUAUUAAGUAAUUAUAAAAGCACCGGCAUUCACGUAUUUUUCAAGCUUCAUAGGAGCUCAGCGCCGUUGAUAGUUAGAAGAAAAUAUAAAACAAUGAGUUAUAGAUGAAGUUCAGCUUUACGGUGGCUUUCUAGCGAUUAAAUGAUUUGCAUUUGCUUCGUGUAAACUGUCCAUAUUUACAUACAGACACCACAUACUGUUUGUGGUUUUGACAUCAAACGGCGUCUUUAUACUUUUCAGUUGCUGUCUGAACUUGGACAAUGCCACAAGCAAUGAAGUGCACAGUGUUCGUUCACAUUAUUCUCUUUGCUGCAUUAUUCGCGCACAUCAACGCCGAUUACGAGGAGAAGACGGAGGAUGAUUUCUUAAGCGCCGGCGAGCGUUGUUUCCAGCGUGAGCGCUUGGCCGCCCCCUAUCAGCGUCGCUUCGACACUUUUGAUUAUCCGGACGAGGAGCCAGUACAUCGUUAUGUGCACUGCAUUUGGACAGAGUUGAAAUUGUGGAAUGAUCGCACCGGUUUCAACGUCGAACACAUAGCGGCACUUUAUCGCGAUAAGGCGAAUACGGAGGUGCUGGUGCCGAUAUUGAGUGACUGUAAUCGGAAUGCACAGAAUGAGCCGAGCCUCAAGUGGUGUUAUAGGGCCUUCAAAUGUGUGCUAAACAGUCAGGUGGGUCAGUGGUUCAAGGAGGAUGUGGAACGCAAGUUGCAAGAGAGGCGUGUGGGAAAUCAUGUCGCUUGAAUUGCUUCGUUUUUAUUAAAGCUUUACACAUACAUACAUACUUAUAAAUUUCGAUAUUUGCAGAUAAGCGAGUAUGUGUAUAUGUUUAUAUAAAACUAAAAUAUUUGUUGUUUUUGACACAAUUAUAUAUACAGAUACAGUUAUUAAAAUGUAAUAAAUAUGAUUUAAUUGUAAAAAAAAAAUAAUUAUAUUUUAUGGCUAGACAUAUAUAAUAUCAGCAAAUAUAUGGAAUAUGUAUAUGAACAAAU